GUGAACAGAUGCAAAUUUGUGCAGGAAAGUGAAGACAAUUAACUGUCAAUGCAAAUGCACAAAUAUGCACACAGGUUUGCAUAGUGGUAGAAUUCAAAGACAUAGCCAUCUUAGUCUGUAGAAUCAGUACUUAGAGAGGACUUGUAGCACCUUUGAGAGUAACUGAAAGAAAUUGGCAGCAUGAGCUUUCAUAGACUUCAGCUUACUUCCUCAGAUGCAUUUGUCUACAUGCAUAGACUAGCCCCACCACAUCUGGUGGUUCACUUUGAGGAACAGGCAUGCUGGACCUGAGGAGAUAGCCCUGCUGUUAUGGACUGAGCUGGGGAAAAGCCAGCAUUACAUCUACCCAGGAGCUCGCAGCAAUGCCAAGAUGGAGUCCCAGGCCAGUGACGAUGAGGCAGCCAGUGAAGUGCUAAGUCAUUACAGCAGUGCCAGUGAGACUACCAGUGUAGCUGAGGAAGUGCCAGGGGGUGAGGCUGUAGAUGAGCAGGCACAGCAAGAGGAGGUUGAAGAUAAACUGAAGGAAUGCAUUGACAAUGUGAUGGAUAAGAGUGCCAAGACACGACAGCUUGCUCUUGAAAGCCUACAGCUAGCAUUCUCCUCCAAGACACUCUUUGACUUCCUUUUGGAACGUAGGUUCACCCUCAUGGAUUCCUUAGAGAAGUGCCUGAAGAAAGGUAAAGGGGAGGAGCAGUCCCUUGCUGCUACUGUUCUUACACUACUGUGCCUUCAGAUGGGCUCAGGGCCUGAAGGGGAGGAAGUGUUUCGCAGCCUGAAGCCUCUCCUCAUCACCAUCCUGACUGACUCCUCAGCCAGCCCAAUAGCUCGACAAAGCUGUGCCACAGCUCUGGGGAUGUGCUGCUAUAUCGCUGCUGCUGACAUGGAGGAUCUGGUUUCCUGUCUUGCUUGCCUAGAGGGUAUCUUUGGCACUUCUUGCAGCACAGAUGCCAACUUGGUGCCCUCCCACCACAGCCCUCUACUCCAGAACUUGCAUUGCAGUGCACUCCAGUCAUGGUCUCUGCUCCUCACCAUCUGCCCAAGCACCCAGAUCAAGAAAAUCCUGGACAAUCACUUACCUACAUUGCCUCUGAUGCUCUCCAGUGAUAAUGUCAACCUUCGGAUUGUUGUGGGUGAAACAAUUGCACUUCUGUUUGAACUGGCCCGAGACAUGGAGGAUGAUUUCUUUUAUGAGGACACUGACCUGCUGUGCACAAAAUUGAAAGCCUUGGCCACAGACAGCAACAAGUACCGAGCCAAAACAGACAGACGCAAGCAGCGCUCCAUUUUUCGUGAUGUGCUACAUUUCAUUGAGAAUGGGGAGUGUCAUGAAGAAACUAUCAAGUUUGGAUUGGAGUGUAUGUAUGUGGACAGCUGGGCAAGAAGGAGAAUGUACAAUGCCUUCAAAGAGACUCUUGGCUCUGGAGUCAGGCACCAUCUGCAGAACAAUGAGUUGCUGCGUGAGAUAUUUGGCCUGGGCCCUCCACUAGUUCUGGAUGCUGCAGCUGUUAAGGCCAGUAAGAUCUCCCGCUUUGAAAAGCACCUAUACAACUCAGCCGCCUUCAAAGCCCGGACUAAAGCAAGGAGCCGUGUUCGGGAUAAGCGAGCAGAUGUCCUUUGAAGAGAAUUUGUUGUUUUCUCCUCCUUGUCCUUCUGCCUUCCAUACAAGCCAAUGAACUACAGACCUGGACCACUGUGAAUGUUUUGGAUUUGGGGAGGAGAGAGGUGCCAUUUGGGACACCGGGCACUGUUGCUUCAAUUCAUUCAAACGCCAGCCUUGUGCCAUGCUCCUGCAGCUCCCCCACUGUUGUACGGGGGCUUUUAUAUAUGUACAGAAUAAUAUUUAAACUGUCUUGGAUGUUUGAAUUAUGGUGGGAUGGCUAUGGGCAGGUGCCAUUUUAAAAAUUUUAACCAAAAAUCUAAGCGAGGUUGGGCAGUGGGAGAGUGAUUCCCAUCCUCCACUGCCUUUUUUAAAGCCAGUGAUUCUGUUUGUUUGUGUAGCCUCCCCUCCCUGUCUCCACUGCUGAAGGUAUUCUGCAGUUACUCUUGCAAUGUUUUACUGUGUCAUCAAGGACUGGGACUUCUACCUGUGCACUCGUGGACUUUCCCACUGGUGAACUUGUAAGAGGUUGGUUUGGGGUAAAAGUCCCAAUCAGAGGCAGUAAAGAGGAAUGGCUUUAGAUUGGUGCCUUGGGUUCUUCCCCACUGGUGUUUGAGGUAUUUUGCCUUGGGACAAAUGAAAUGUACCUUAGAAAUCAGUGUACUUGAUUAAAGACUGGGCUGACUGCAUCGUGAA